CGGCGUCCGUCGUUCUAGCUGCGAGUCCGCCCGCCGCCCGCCGCCACCGGCUCGGUCCCGCGCCCGCCGCCCGCCUUCUCCCGUCAUGGCCCGCCUCACGGAGAGCGAGGCGCGCCGGCAGCAGCAGCAGCUCCUGCAGCCACGGCCCUCGCCGGUGGGCAGCAGCGGGCCCGAGCCCCCCGGGGGGCAGCCCGACGGCAUGAAGGACCUGGACGCCAUCAAGCUCUUCGUGGGCCAGAUCCCGCGUAACCUGGACGAGAAGGACCUCAAGCCGCUAUUUGAGCAGUUCGGCCGAAUCUAUGAGCUCACGGUGCUCAAAGACCCCUACACGGGCAUGCACAAAGGCUGUGCCUUUCUCACUUACUGUGCCAGGGACUCUGCCAUCAAAGCUCAGACUGCUCUGCACGAACAGAAGACCUUGCCCGGGAUGGCACGGCCAAUCCAGGUGAAGCCUGCGGACAGCGAAAGUCGUGGAGGUAGGGACCGGAAGCUAUUUGUGGGGAUGCUGAACAAGCAGCAAUCGGAGGAGGACGUGCUGCGGCUGUUCCAGCCUUUCGGGGUCAUAGACGAGUGCACGGUGCUCCGGGGACCUGAUGGCAGCAGCAAAGGCUGUGCCUUCGUGAAGUUCUCCUCCCACACGGAGGCUCAGGCGGCAAUCCAUGCCCUGCAUGGCAGCCAGACCAUGCCGGGUGCCUCCUCCAGCCUGGUGGUCAAGUUUGCCGACACGGACAAGGAGCGAACGCUACGACGCAUGCAGCAAAUGGUGGGCCAGCUGGGCAUCCUGACACCAUCCCUCACCCUGCCCUUCAGCCCCUACAGUGCCUACGCCCAGGCUCUCAUGCAGCAGCAGACAACAGUCCUGUCCACCUCGGGCAGCUACCUGAGCCCUGGCGUGGCCUUCUCACCCUGCCACAUCCAGCAGAUCGGUGCCGUCAGCCUUAAUGGGCUGCCUGCCACGCCCAUCGCCCCUGCCUCUGGACUGCACUCACCCCCACUGCUCAGCACUGCCACUGUGCCCGGCCUCAUGGCUCCCAUCACCAACAGCUUUGCAGGCGUCGUGCCCUUCACUGGUGGGCAUCCUGCCCUAGAGACUGUAUAUGCCAAUGGCCUCAUGCCCUAUCCAGCCCAGAGCCCUACCAUGGCUGAGACACUCCAUCCUGCCUUCUCCGGAGUCCAGCAGUACACAGCCAUGUACCCUACUGCGGCCAUCACGCCCAUCGCGCACAGCGUCCCACAGCCGCCGCCCCUCCUGCAGCAGCAGCAGCAGCGAGAAGGUCCCGAAGGCUGUAACCUGUUUAUCUACCACCUCCCCCAGGAGUUUGGAGACACGGAGCUGACGCAGAUGUUCCUGCCCUUCGGCAAUAUCAUCUCCUCCAAGGUGUUUAUGGAUCGGGCCACCAACCAGAGCAAAUGUUUUGGCUUCGUGAGCUUUGACAACCCAGCCAGCGCGCAGACCGCCAUCCAGGCCAUGAAUGGCUUUCAGAUCGGCAUGAAGAGGCUGAAAGUGCAGUUGAAGCGGCCCAAAGACCCCGGACACCCCUACUGACCACGCCCACAGCCACCCUGAGGCUGUGGGCUUGGCCCAGGUGAGGGGCCUUCCACCCCAGGAGGGUUUCCCUGUUUCCAACUGAUCCAGG